UAUGAUGGACGAACCGUUAAAUUAUGAAUCUAGAAUUUUAGAAUUAUUAUUUUAUAAAAGAAUUUACUUUUAUGAAAAUGAAAAAAGCAAAACUUAUUUAAUUGAUAUUUAUGACCCUGUUAGUUUUGUUAUGAAAUAUGGACUAGUUAUUACAAUUGCAAUGAAAGAAACAAAUGACACUAGUCUAAGAACUCCAACAAAUAUGCCUCCCACUUUUUGGUCAGGAUUCUAUAUGGAAGAUAAUUUUCUAGUUAGGGGGAAAGAGUUUGAUAUUCAACCUCAGAUAUUUAAAACACGUGCUCAACUUACAUCUAGUAAUUAUCCAAGAAGUAGAUGCUAUCUUAUAAAAAGAGAUAUGGUGGAGCGUACAAGUCAAUUUGUUUAUGUAAAAAGAAGCGUUCCAUGUCAGCAACUGAUCAGAAUGUUUCUAGUUUGUCAAGUUUCAACAACCAAAAAUUCAUUUAGUUUGAAUGUCUGGAAAAGGCAUCUAAUCCUUUCUGUAUCUUGUACUGGUACAACUUUUCAUUGUUCUUACGAAAACAUUUGUAUUUCAUUAAUUCAAGUUUGUGAUGGAAAAUAUGAUUGUUCUAACGGAGAAGACGAGAGAAAUUGUUCUGAAUAUUUCAAAUUUCAAUGUCAAUCAAAUAAUCAAAGUGUUCCGUAUCAAAAUGUUUGCGAUUAUAGAUAUGAUUGUAAUGAUAAAUCGGAUGAGAUUUUUUGCGAUCUUGUAAAAAUAAACAAUGCAUUGAGAGAAGUGAAACUUGUGAUAAUGAGAGAAAUUGUCAUGAUUCAAGUGAUGAAGACUGUAGUAGUUAUAAAUCUUAUGGAAAUAAUUCUUUUGUGUCAAUCAAAAGAUAUUAUAUGUGAUUUUGUAUAUGAUUGUUAUGAUGGCACAGAUGAAGAUUCUGUAGAAUGUGAUAAGAAAUUUGAUUCAAUACUCUCCGAAAGAUAUCAAAAUGUCAACAAUUAUAAAAAGAAAUGUAGCCUCAAGUAUAAUUCAGUUGGAAAUUUAGAUGUUAGAGUUAGGGAGCCAUUUUCAUUAAUUAAAUAUUGUGAUAGAGAGAAAUGUUUGAAAGGGGAAUAUCUUUGCCAAUCAUCUAGAUAUUGUAUAUCUAUUGAACAAGUUUGCGAUGGAAUUAAUCAUUGUUGGUAUGGUGAUGAUGAAUUUAAUUGUAGUGAGUUUUGUUGA